AAGUUCAGGGCUUGGAGAAGGAGCAGGAAAAGAACAAUGGAAGCUGACCAAUCCAGACUCCUGUUUCUAUUAUUUCUUUUCACAUGGAGACUAUCCCCAGAAGCUGCUGCAGAAGUUCAGGAAUCAUCAGAUGGUUCUGCUGCUUCCCAGAAAACUGUGUCACUCACAGAUGUCCCAGCGACCAUGGAAUUCAUUGCUGCUGCUGAGGUGGCUGUCAUAGGUUUCUUCCAGGAUUUAGAAAUACCAGCAGUGUCCCUAUUCCAUAGUAUGGUGCAAAAUUUCCAAGAUGUGUCAUUUGGAAUCAGCACUGAUUCUGAGGUUCUGGCCCACUACAAUAUCACCAGGAACACCAUCUCCCUCUUUCGCCUGGUGGAUAACGAAAAACUGGAUUUAGAGAGCAAAGACAUUGAAAGGAUUGAUGCCUCCAAAUUAAGCCGUUUCAUUGAGAUCAACAGCCUCCACUUGGUGACAGAGUACAACCCUGUGAAAGCGAUUGGCCUAUUUAAUAGCGUGAUCCAGAUUCAUCUUCUACUGAUGAUGAACAAGACCUCCCCAGAGUAUGAAGAAAGCCUACACAGAUACCAGAAGGCAGCCAAGCUCUUCCAGGGAAAGAUUCUUUUUAUUCUGGUGGACAGUGGUGUGAAGGCCAAUGGGAAGGUGAUCUCAUUUUUCAAACUAAAGGAGUCUCAACUGCCGGCUUUGGCAAUUUACCAGAAUCUAGAUGAGGCGUGGGAUACACUGGCCAUCGCAGAAGUUUCUGUGGAGCAUGUGCAAAACUUUUGUGACGGAUUCCUCAAAGGAAAACGGCUGAGAGAAAAUCAUGAAUCAGAAGAAAAGACUCCAAAGGCGGAACUCUGA